AUGUGCAGUAGGAGCGGCGGCAGUAACAGCGGCGGCGAUGGCAGCGAUGGUGGAAUGAUCCUGGCGACCCAGCGUGUGUACGUGGCGGAGGCUGGCUGGAGGCAGAGUCACAGCAGGUGGUGGCGCAGCGCAGUGGAGCCAGCGGGAUGGAGCCGAGGCUGUGGCUGGCGCGUUGCCAAGCGCCUGAUGAAGCCCACCAGAAGAAGUCACGGAUUGAGAUCUGUCCCGGGCGCCAAGAGGAUGAACCUUACAGGUCGGGCUGAGGCAAAGUGGACAGACCAGCCCAAUUCUUCAUCGCAGCUGCCACCGCGCUCCUGGACCAGCAAUGACACAUUUUCUUUCCAAGGAGAUAUCCAGGAGAUUAUUCACACAGCCACUCUGGUCACAUGUACCUUCCUCCUGGCUGUCAUCUUCUGCUUGGGUUCCUAUGGCAAUCUCAUUGUCUUCUUAUCAUUCUUUGACCCGGCCUUCCGGAAGUUCAGGACCAACUUUGAUUUCAUGAUUCUCAAUCUGUCGUUCUGUGACCUCUUCAUCUGUGGAGUGACUGCCCCCAUGUUCACGUUUGCCCUCUUCUUGGACUCUGCAGCUGGCAUCCCUGAUGCAUUCUGCUUCACCUUUCACCUCACCAGCUCUGGUUUCAUCAUCAUGUCUCUCAAGACUGUGGCUGUCAUCGCCCUUCACCGACUGCGCAUGGUCUUAGGGAAGCAGCCCAACCGGACCGCUUCUUUCCCUUGCACCCUCUUGCUUACCUUGGUUUUAUGGGCUACUAGCUUCACUCUUGCCACACUGGCAACCAUGAGGACCCAUAAAUCCCGCCUGUGCCUUCCCAUCUCCAGCCUAGUCAGUGGAGAGGGAAAGAUCAUCCCUUACUUGUAUGUGAUUGACUUCAUUUGCUGUGUGACGGUGGUUUCAGUCUCCUACAUCAUGAUAGCCCAAGCCUUGAGGAAAAAUGCUCAAGUCAGGAAAUGCCCUCCAGUCAUCACAGUGGAUGCCUCUAGGCCUCAGCCUUUCAUUGGGCCACUUGUAACGGGGUGUGCUGAUGGGGUACAGUGCACUAUGCCAGCUCUGUAUAGAAACCAAAACUACAAUAAGCUGCAGCAUGUCCAGACCCAUGCAUACAUGAAAAACCUCAGCCAGCUGUCUGCGCCGGCAGCCAGCAGAUUCCAGCUGGUGUCUACGGUUAACUUGUCCACAGCCAAGGACUCCAAAGCUGUAGUGACAUGCGUGGUGAUUGUCCUUUCAGUCUUAGUUUGCUGCCUACCUUUGGGUAUCUCCUUGGUACAGGAUGUCUUAUCCAGGAACAGUGGCUUUAUUCUUUACCAGUUUGAAUUGUGUGGAUUUACCCUCAUUUUUUUCAAGUCUGGAUUAAACCCUUUUAUAUAUUCACGUAACAGUGCUGGGUUGAGGAGGAGGGUGCUUUGGUGCCUCCAGUUCUUAGCCCUGAUAUUUUUUUGCUGCAAGCAGAAAACUAGGCUCCGAGCUGUCGGCAAAGGGAGCCUGGAGGCAAACAGAAACAAAUCGUCCCAUCAUGAAACCAACUCGGCCUACAUGCUGUCUCCGAAGCCCCAGAAAAAGUUUGUGGACCAGGCUUGUGGCCCCAGUCAUUCCAAGGAAAGCGUGCUGAGUCCUAAGGCUUCCAGGUGCCACCAGCAUUAUGGAGGCCAGAGUAGCUCCACUCCCAUGAACACCCGCAUUGAACCUUAUUAUAGCAUCUAUAACAGCUGCCCUUCUCAGGAAGUGAGCACUCCAAAUAGCCUGCAGCCGGCCAACUCUCCAUUUGGCUUUGCCAAGUCUUUCGUUGCCAUGCACUACCACACCACUAAUGAUCUGGUGCGGGAUUUUGACAGCACUUCUGCUAAACAGAUUCCAAUCCCCUCUGUGUAG